AUGAUUGGACAAUUGACCUUGCAGCAGGGAAUCCACCAACCCGCCGCCACCGCACACCCCCAACCAGUUGCCAAUCCUGUGGCCGCCAAUCCUAUGGUCGUCAAUCCUAUGCCUGCAAAUCCCCAACAGAACUAUCAGGAAGGUUACAGGAUCAAGGUAGACCUUCAAAACUUUUCUGGUUCAUUAGAUGUUGAAUCUGUUCUUGAUUGGCUGGUAGAGGUUGAACGCUUCUUUGAAAUUAUGAACGUGGAAGAGGAACGCAAGGUUCCAAUUGUGGCCUAUAAGUUGAAAGGGGGUAGAGCAGCCUGGUGGAAUUCGAUUCAAAACGAACGCUAUCGGAAGAGGCUGGAGCCCAUACGAAACUGGGUGCUGAUGAAGCAGAUGUUUGAACAACGGUUCUUGCCUAGCGAUCACGCUCAGGUUUUAUAUAACCGGUAUCAUGACUGUGUACAAGGGAACCGAAGGAUGGAUGAGUAUACCGAGGAGUUUCUAAGGCUGCAGGCGAGAUGUGAAAACUGUGAGAACGAGGCCCAACAGCCACGACAGCAGCAGUACAACCGAAAUUUCAAUUACAGAAACUCUAGUUCAACAGGGACGCAACAAUAUAGAGGCAACUACAGUGGGCAGCCUUCUAAGGUUGUAAACUCUGGCAACCCUCCGAAUACCAUGGAAGAAAGGAGAGACAGUAAGGGCAAGGCAGUCACUACUACAAUAGACAAAGGAGGCAGGACCAAUCCUUAUCAGAAGCCAACGGAAGACAUAUGUUACUGGUGCAGGCAAUCUGGUCAUCGAUCGAAUAAUUGUCCAGAACGUAGAGGAGAUAAUACUGACUGCCGGCAGGUUAAUAUAGUUGAGCAGGUGGCUGAAACUGACAAGGAAGUGGAUGACGAUGACGGAUCUAUUGCUGGUUCUAAAGAUGGAGAGGUCACCUAUGUGGAGAAUGAUGAUAUUGAAGUUAUAUUUGGCAAUCUAAAUACAAUUCAAGGUUACAAUCAUGUGGAAAUUUUUGUUGAGUUAGAUAAAAUUGAAGUUGAGGCAGCUUAUUAG